GAGAAUGAGUCUUGUUGAUAUCGAUCUCAUAAUCAGAUGGAACCAUGCAGUAGUAUGUUGAAAGGGGACACUUGUGCCCCCUACAAACCCUUGACAGCGAGGCGACGACAUGCGUGCAACAUGAAGGUGCUUCUGGCUUGUGUCUUCGGUGUGCUCGUACUGACUGGGAUAACUGGACAUCUAUUUAGCAGGAGAGAGGUAACCACAAAUCCACCACCGUCACUAAACCCUCACCAUGAGGCCUUGGCUAAGCUCAUCAGAACGUCUGAGGAUGCUAUCAGCUGGAUUGGCAAUAAAACUAUUGAUUCAAUAAACAACAUAAAGAACUUAACUGCGGCAGCAGUCACCCCUGAAUCGCUGUUGGUCGUCAAGAAGAACGCGAUUUUAAAUUGGCUACGAGGUGUGAGCAGCUACAACAGCAGUGUGAUGGCCGAGGGGGCGGAGUCCCACGGGACUGAAGACGUCGAGGACAGUGGGGAGAGUGUCGUGAUCGCUCACCGCACUCCGGGCCACGGCUUCUCCUGGGGACCUCCCAAGAACACCAAAACUAAUGAGGACGUACAGCCGGGAGGUCUGCUACAUGCCGCUGGUAGAAGAGUGCACCGGAUCUUCUCGUACUUGUACCAUGCCUCUAGAAAUGUCACUAGGAGAGGCAGGGCCUUCAUUCAGGCUGGGAUUGACAAAGUUAAACCCGCAAAGCAGCAGAGCAGCGAGUAUUCGGAAAAAAUUGAUAAUACUAAAGGUACCCCGAUGGUGGUCGAACACUGGGUUUGUGCAGUAGACUGGGACAUGGAUGUCUUCACUAUGGCCUUUCAGAACGGUGGUCAGGCUAAGGUCUAUAACAAAGAGCACGGAACAAACUUCAGCGUCCACGAUAGCGAUGUCUGCUUUACUCUUCUCGCCCGUCAUCCUGAGAAGUAUCAAAAGAUCAAUAAUCCAAGCUUGUAAAACUUACCAAUUAAACACUGUAUGUAUUAAAACAAGUGGCUGUAUCGUAUUUAGUAAUAUUGAUGACCUUUGUAAUAAAAUAUGUCUUUAUAAAUA